UCUCGUUGCCGCCGCAUGCCGCUGCCGACACACGCCGCCGCAAGUGUUUGUUAUGAGUCUCACAUUCACGGAUUGGGGAGCACUUUUGACGUAUGUUUAGUUUAUCUCGUGGCAAAGUAAUGCUCCUCUGGCACUUCUGCCUUCUUCAUGAGGCGAGGAAAAAGAAGCAUGAUUAUUAUUAUAUGGUGGGAACCUGGAAGGCCCUUUUGCCGUGUUUACUCAGUGCGAAUUUGGUUGGGCGCAUUCAUGGAGCAAGCUCAAUCGCAGACUGAUGUACCAACGUUUUCCUCAUAUUACAACCAUCUAGAGCAAUGCGUCGUUGCCUAGAAAGCGCCCAAAGAAUUUAGUAAGUGUUGCCCCAACGGAAUGUAUCUUAAUUGAGCAUUUUUAGCAAACCAUCUCUGCAGCCGAGGUGCGAAAUUGAUGCAAACAAAAUGCAAUCAUUAAAAGGCUUGGCACGUUUCUCCCAUUAUUGAUUGUGCACUCAGCACCGGUACGAGUAAACGUGUGCAACACGCCACAUUUCGCUAUAUUGUACAGCAGCAACACGGUUGGUCCAACGGGCCAAUGCAUGUCAGCGCAGCAAACCCAGCACGGAAAAGCCGCAUACAGCCACUCCACUACCGCGGAGCCGUGUAGACUGAUGAAAGAUACAGUUGUCUGAAGUUUAUACCCCCAUGAAGGCUAUAAAGAAUGAUUGUGUUCAAUGCGGCAACAUUGUUUCUAAGAGCGCACUAUGUCCAUAAAUUUGUGUUUUUGUUUUACCCUCAACGAACCCGUUUUUGUUUGAAUAUGUGCCGCCGGAUCUGAAUGUCCGAAUCGUGCUUCAGUUACUGUACUUCACUGCAGAAGCAGCGGCCAUGUUCUUAUGCCAUCUCUCUGCGUUUCCUUAUAUAGUUCCAGCAUUGCAUGACGGGACGUAGAUGCAAACAUGGCGUUGUGAGCUGUGCAUGCGUGUUUCGUUGCUGUUUUCGCGCCAAUUUUGUCGGGGACAAUGGCAUUGACAAACCGGGACUUAUUUGGGAUAGCGCGCGGUCGCUGCAAGGAGUCAUUUUGUGACUGUGAGCGAUACAGUGUUCUGAGGUCGGCGAACAUUCGCUGUGACUACUGUGAUCACUGCCCCGGAUCGCAUGGAAAAUUAGACGAACUCGGUAAGUGUUCUUGCAUUGUGCUGGUUUGUCUGUAUUCGGUAUAUAACUAGGCUGCAGCUUUUCUUUCAUUAGAGGGGAAGGACGUGAAAAAGAGAAAGCAAAGGGGUAAGCAGCGAUUUGCGCGGAAACGCAUCCGUGUUAUGCUAAAAAAAAGCUUUAAGGCUCGUUCACGUUACCGGCACGGCAGCCCGCUGCGCGUUCGCGGGCCGCCGUUCGAUGGCGGCUUUCCUCGCGAACGGCGAGAUUUACUUGCCGUAGAGAGGAUGUGACCAUAGGAUGUGACCGGGACCCAUUUGUGCGGCAGCCGUACAGCGAAGUGAUCAAUCGCGACCGAGGAGUGGUCGUUCUGGCAACGACGGCAGCCUAUAUACCGCUGCUCAUCGUUCGGCGGCGCCGAUAUCGUCGCUAGGCCUUUUCCGGUUCACCUCAAAGCUAAAGCUGAUGGCGCUUCGGAAUGAAUCACCGACGCUCACAAGCCGCAAUAUUUCAUACCGCUGCUGUCGCUCUUCGCAAUAAUUAUAGACAAUGCAGAAAAUACGCUAAUAUUAGCGGCGCCGUCGGCAGCGAUGCGAGCACAGCCGCGCCCGUCGUCUCCCGUCGGUAAGCCGUGCAGUGCAGCUGAGCUGGACAGGUAUCGGAGCUCUCGUUCGUGUUUAACGUUUGACAGUGGAUAUCGUUUUUCGUAACGUGUACAAUGUAUGCAUCACUUUACGUAGUGGAAAUUAUUUUGCGGGGAUUUGCGUGGAACAGAAGCUGCAGCCGAUGUUUGCGUUGCCGGUGGCGGGGGCGCGCAGGUUCGCGGUCGUCGAUUGGCCCGUCGGUCGGGCGGCGGCAAGGUGGCUUUGGCGGCGGCCGGGGCCCCGGCCGAAUUUCCGUCUACAAUUGGACACCUCUCGCGCGGCAGACGUUCUACGGCACUGGAGGCCGGUUUGCCGUUAAGGGAUAUUUACCGCUAACGUGAACGUGCCUUUACUUGAUUUUACUCUCAAGUGGCUUGCACGCGGUGUUGCCGAUCGCUGCCUGUGGCGUUCGCUUUUAAUGCGUGAGCAUUGUUCGGCUACUUCCCCAACAAAUAUGUCCGUAACUUAACGCCUUUCCCAUAGGAAUACACAGAGCUUCAUAGGAAAUACAUAGGAUACAUACAGGGUGUUUUUUUUAGCUGCUCCAAAUUUUUUAGGUUAGAAAAAUAUAAAUAUUGGUCACGUUAUGUUUACCAUUCGAGUGUACGGAUUGGCGGCCUCUAGAUACAGAGCAAUUUCCGCACUUACGUGCGUAAUUAGCGAAGUUACGAUAAGUAACUUUCUAAUUAUGAACAAUAGGUGGCUACAGCAAAUGAGUAUACUUUGGGGCCCGUCCUCGACACUACCUAUCCCAAUGAUCAAAUUUGGAAUAGCGGAGUUCAUGUGGGAGCUACGCGAACAAUUAUUUCCCCUUGGCAGGCUCCUUGAAACCGAAACUGGCCGCGAAAAGAGCGUCUGUGUCGUCGAUGUCGCCGCCCCCCAGCCUUUCGUCACGUCUCCGAAGUCAGCGCUGGUCCGGCCCCGCGAGCAGCUUGCGUUAGCUCUUUGCUGUCUGCGGCGUUCGCAGUCGACGCUACAGACUGAUAUGACGUUGUGCCUGCAGUAUCUAAAAGCCCAAGGAGCGGGGUUGGCGCUACAGCGCAACGUGGCGCCCGACGGAAUGACGAAGUAAAUUUGGCGGCCCGCGGGCAUUGAAGCGCCAGGCCAACGCCGCAGACAGCAAAGAGAUUACGCAACCUGCUCGCGCGGCCGGACCGGCGCUGACUUCGGAGACGUGACGAAAGGCUGGGGGGCGGCGACAUCGUCGACACAGACGCUCUUUUCGCGGCCAGUUUCGGUUUCAAGGAGCCUGCCAAGGGGAAAUAAUUGUUCGCGUAGCUCCCACAUGAACUCCGCUAUUCCAAAUUUGAUCAUUGGGAUAGGUAGUGUCGAGGACGGGCCCCAAGGUACUCAUUUGCUGUAGCCACCUAUUGUUGAUAAUUAGAAAGUUAAUUAUCGUAACUUCGCUAAUUACGCACGUAAGUGCGGUAACUGCUCUGUAUCUAGAGGCCGCCAAUCCGUACACUCGAAUGGUAAACAUAACGUGACCAAGAUUUAUAUUUUUCUAAUUUAAAAAGUUUGGUGAAGCUAAAAAAAAAAACACCCUGUAUAGUGGUAUAUAGUAAAUAACGACUCAUGCACACAACCUACAAAGCAUGUCGGGGCUCGAACCCUCAACCUUCCAAGUACGCAGGCUGUCGAACCCUUGACCUCCGAAGCAGAAAAAAACUGGUACCCCAAACCUUCCAAGCAUGCAGGGUAUCGAACUCUCGACCUCCGAUGCAUAUAGUGUUUGAACCCCGAUAUUUUCCGUGUGGCGUAUUGAACCAAUGGUCAGUACUGAUUAAGCAAAGCUCAAGUGAUGGUCAGUUGUAGUCAAGCGAUGGUCAGUAGAGCACAAUGAGGAUGAGCAAGUGGCACCAUGCUUCCAAAUGCCUAAACUCCAGUGAAGUUCCUACAGAAUUCUUUUUAGUUGAGUUGUACGGAUGCACGUCAUUUUGCAAAAUCGCAGAACGUCGCCCUUUUAUUAUAUUGGUUUAUUUGUAUUGCAGUACAAUAACUUUUUGCAGAUGGUAGGUAAAUUCAUGACCGCAACAUUGUAUAUUACCAUGGGCAUGCUUGUAAUCACUUGGACGCUUACAAAACAUGUUAACAAAAGCUUUGUUGACAAAGUAAUUGUGCUUAUGAAUACCUGUAAAAUCCUAUACCAGCGUACUAACCACACUUCUGCAUUAUAUUCUAAUUGCCUUGCAUGUAGUGCUCACAGAUUGAAAUGCGACAUAGCGAGCUUGUGGCCGCCGGUACAUGCAGCGCAACCCCUGGAAGGAACACGUUGCAUUGUGGUAUUUACCAUGAGAGUGAGCGUGGUUUGAGCGUGGGCUUACUGCUUCCGGUUGCCAAUGAGCGGGACUGUGGUUUUCCGCAGCGCCAACGUACAGUGUAGCGGUAUACCGCAAUGCAAGAUCGUGCUUCCACAGGCAACGCUGCAUACAUGAGCGGCCAUGCGCUUGCAGUGUCGCAUUUUAAUCCGUGAGCACUGUACAUGCCCUUCUGUGUGAAGAAAUAAGCAGAUAAAUUUAAUGUUUGACAGGGUCUGUGGAACCAGCUGUAGCUGGUAAUGAUGUUUCUAAUGUGCCAAACUCCAGCCAAGCGGUGACUAUCGAUACCAUGACCACACAAGAGACAUAUGCAAAAACAGAAAAUCACAGUGGUUCUUGGGAAGAACAUAAUGGUCAGGUUGCUCAUGGUGUGCGGGGCCACUACGAGAUGGCAAAUUCCUCGCUACCUGGUUGCUCAAAAGAUAGCACUCCUUGGACUGGGGACUGGCAUGUUCGCGGCACAGAUGCUUCUGAAGCUUCUGAACCACAAGAUUCUGGAGGAAACUGUGCAAAUGCAGACUUAUGUACCACAGCUCCUGGUGAAACAGUUGAGAGCAGCAGCUUACAACGCGCCAAUGACUUGUCCCUUCUGCCUACAAGAAGCACAAAUGAUCCGUCGCUGCUGCCUAAUACAAGCACCAGGGACCUGUCCUUGCUGCCUUCGAGAAGCGCCAAUGACCUGUCCUUGCCACCUACAAGAAGCACCAAUGAUCUGCCACUGCUACCUACGAAAAGCCAGGAAUUCUUUGAGUGGCUUCUUGAGAACUUGCCUACAUUUUCUCCGUGUGUGCAACCGCUCCUUGAGGGGAAAGUGCUUUCACAAAGACAGCACAAACAGCUAUGUCGCCAGCUCCGGACAGAAAUCGCACUCUUCUUAGAUGAGAAUGAUAUAAUCACCAGCAGCAACACUGCCCAAUGUCGUUGGAUGUACAAGGCCCUUGGAGAUGCUCUUGUAAAGAUGUACCCACACCUGAUGUGGGAUGAACCAAAGCCUGAAAGCCGGCUGCAGAAAACAAGAAGCCAGGUUUACAGUGCGUUCAUAAGGAGGCUGUCAGUGGCAAGAAAGGUCCGGAAGCACCGGGCAAGGAAAAGUGCUGUAUUAGUUGUGUCGCCGGCACCCCGAGCAACUAUCACAAAUGAGAACGCUGCUUCUGAACUACAGGCCCUAAGCUCUUCAAGUAUGAGUGCUGCAUCACUUGAUAUGCAAAGAAUGAGAAUCCUGCUGACGGUGACGCUCCCAGACCGCCGCAAUACACACAUGGACCCUCUCCCACAGUACUUUUUGGUGGAGGAAAUACUGUGCAUUGAGGUGGAACUUCGGUUUGGAUCGAAGAUAACAGAACUUGAGAACAAACUUGCUGCUGUGGUGCGAGUCUUCUCGGAAAAUGAAGAACGGGAAUGCACGCUGGUAGAUGUUAUGAAGCACAUACAAGGCAAUGUUGGGCACAGUCUCAUAUGUGAGAUGGCAUUGCCAGCUGAGGACCUCCAAGUAACAGCACCCCACAUUUACUGCACUCCUGAGAAGAUUUGUGUUUUUGCUGGCAGCCAAGCCGAACUGAUAACAGUCUCCAAGUCUGGAUUAGGACGGGCACUUAUUUUUUGCCUUUUGACUUACUAUAUUAAGAACUUAGAAUAUCCAUUUGCAUUUUUCCAAAUGCUUGCUCUCGUGCAAAAAGUUGUGCUGCCAGGAGACAAGCUUGUGAAAGGACUGCUUUCUCCUCGUCUGAAGCGUCUCUGUGCGCUCUUAAGCAAGAAAAAUGUAAUCUAGACUUUCCAUG